AUGGUUGCCUUCUGGACUCCCAAUCUAGAUCCAAGAACUUCAUUUACGCCAAUGCACAUUCAGGCAAAUGCUUCGGGGUCGACGGGUCAUCUUGCUCCUUACGACAUGUGGAGGCCGAUCAUGAGGCCUUCAAACAGCAUGACGUCAAAGUCUCCAUCAAAUGGUCCGUGGAAACUAAUGACUCCUGACAGGCUCGGAUCGUGGAAGACCGUUGGAGCGUUUCCAACUUUCUCGACACCCCAGCCAACUGGAGUGGCCUCAUUAUCAAGUACGUGGCCCGAUACCGUAGCUUCUCCCAAUGAUGCACAUCACGGCAUGGUUCCAGUCAUGGUGCAUGUUCAAAAUGGCGCUGUACCAUUUAAAACAAUGUUGCUUGUGGGCGGAAAACCUGGUCCGCAUGACAGACACGUGAUGCCAGAUAAUCAGGUUGCAAUGCGCCACGCCCCAGUACCCCAUCUCCCUAUAGGCCAACUAGUAGUAAACCACUCCCCAGUACUGCCAUAUGGGACAAAGACAGGGAUGAUGGCACCACAACCGCCACAGUCUUACGGGCAAGCACCGCUACCGUCGCCACAGAUGUAUGUACCUUAUGACGCCGUGCGUGAGAAAGCACCUUCUCCGCCACCUUAUAGACCAGAACCAAUGCAGCCCUCCACAACACCAUUACAGCGCCCGUCAACGUAUAAACAGCAGAAUGGCCCUGUGCCUCCUGAACCGUCGUCGUACUAUAACGGGCCUGCACCCCGAGAACCUGAACCGGAGUAUCAUUUUCAUGCUUCGUUACCCAAAAUGCCUGUUUCUCCACCAAUAUCCACUCAUUUUGAGCCGCCUCAACCGCACAGGCCGCCGACAGCUCAUCCUCCAACUUCCUACGCAUCCGUGCACGAUUUCUCAGUGCCUGAGCCUCCGUCAUCAUACGGACCACACCUUGAUGUGCCAACCCCAACACGUCCAUUAUCAGAUGGAUUCGUACCUGAGGUGCCAGUGCCCGAACGUCCUACGUCUUACGCACCACGACUUAAGCCGCAGAUACCGCAAAGGCCAUCGUCGUACGGACCCGUGCCUAAAGCCCCAUCACCAGUGCCUGAAUCACCUGUAUCUUAUGACGCACAACCUAAGUCACAGGUAACCCACCGUGCAUCAUCUUACGUAUCUACGUCUGGAACCCCAGCGCCCGAUCCACCUAGAUCUUACGCACUACAACCAAAGUCGCAGGUUACUCACCGUACGCCCUCCUACGGAUCCGUGCCCAAAGCCCCAUCGCCAGAACCCGAACCAUCUAGGUCUCACGAACCACAACCAAAGUCUCAGGUAACCCAGCGUGCAUCCUCCUACGGAUCCCUGCCUAAGGCACUAUCGCAGGAGCCUGGACCGCCUAGAUCUUAUGCACCACAACCUAAGCCGCGCCAACCAGAGCAACCAGUGUCCUACGGAACGGCACCUGAACCUCUGUUAUCUUACAAAUCAAAAACUAGACUACGACCCUCCCAACGCCAAUCGUCGUACGGGACAGUGCCUGGAGGAUCACUGCCACCCCCUGCGCCACCAGCAACAAAUGCACAUAAAUUUAAAUCACCCCCACCUAACCAUCCAUCGUCUCAUGGACCAGCACCCAGCACUGUGCCCGGUCCACCAGCAGUUCCAUUUCCCUCGACACUCGACUCAGUUCCCAAACUCUCGUCUUCUGAAUUACCGGAUCCCAGGACUAGUGUUGUGCAACGCCAAUCGUCGUAUGGGACAGUGCCCGGAGGAUCGCCGCCACCUCCUGCGCCACCAGCAACAAAUGUACAUAAAUUUAGAUCACCCUCGCCGAACCAUCCAUCGUCUUACGGACUAGCACCCAGCACUGUGCCCCAUCCGCCAGCAGUUGCAUUUCCCUCGACACUCGACUCAGUUCCCAAACUCCCGUCUUCUGAAUUACCGGAUCCCAGGACUACUAUUGUGCAGUAUCCCGCACCUCCGCGACCAAGACACCAAAGACUUCUGUACAAAAAGGUAGUGCCCCAUCAGCCGGAACCAGCACCAAAAAGAACCCAAGUUUAUUUGGGAUUGAUUCCUUGA